AUGAGGGGGCGGUGCGGAGAAGGGGCCCGGACGGUGGUGCUGGCGGCUCUGGUGCUGCUGCUGCUGGCUUCCACCCGCUGGGAAGGUGCGAAGGCGCGUCCUGCGGCUUGGGGACACCUCGGCGCGGGCAGCAGCCAGAGAGCGCGCAACGUGGUGAUGGUGAUGUGCGAUGCCUUUGAUGGAAGGUUGACAUUUUAUCCAGGAAAUCAGACCGUGAUCCUACCUUUUAUAAAUCUCAUGAAAAGAUACGGCACUGUGUUUCUCAAUGCCUACACCAAUUCUCCAAUAUGUUGUCCUUCUCGUGCAGCUAUGUGGAGUGGCCUCUUCACUCAUUUAACAGAAUCUUGGAAUAACUUCAAAGGUUUAGAUCCAAAUUAUACAACAUGGAUGGACCUGAUGCAAAAGCAUGGCUACCACACUCAGAAAUAUGGGAAACUAGAUUAUACUUCGGGACAUCACUCAGUGAGUAACCGUGUGGAAGCUUGGACAAGGGAUGUUGAUUUCCUGCUCAGACAAGAAGGCAGACCCAUGGUGAAUCUUACUGGCAACAAGACAUUUAUGAGAGUGAUGGAAGAAGAUUGGCAGAAUACUGAUAAAGCAACAAGUUGGAUAAGGAAAGAAGCCACUAGCUUUAAUCAACCAUUUGUUCUUUACUUGGGGUUAAAUUUACCACAUCCAUACCCAUCACCCUCUACAGGGGAAAAUUUUGGGUCUUCUACAUUUCUAACAUCUCCCUAUUGGCUUGAAAAGGUGACAUAUGAAGCCAUUAAAAUUCCAAAAUGGCCUCCUCUUUCAGACAUGCACCCAGUAGAUUAUUAUUCUUCUUACACCAAGAAUUGCACUGGGCAGUUUACAAGGAAAGAAAUCAGAGAUAUCAGAGCAUUUUAUUAUGCCAUGUGUGCUGAGACAGAUGCCAUGCUUGGUCAGAUCAUUUCAGCUCUAAGUGAUACAGGACUUCUUAAAAGAACCAUUGUUAUAUUCACAGCAGAUCAUGGAGAACUUGCUAUGGAACAUCAGCAGUUUUAUAAAAUGAGCAUGUAUGAAGCAAGUUCCCAUGUUCCUCUUCUAGUUAUGGGGCCAAGCAUUAAAGCUCAUCAUAACCUAUCAAAUGUGGUAUCUCUUGUAGAUAUUUAUCCAACUAUGCUUGAUAUAGCUAGAAUUCCUAUCCCGCAGAAUCUCAGUGGAUAUUCCUUGAUACCAUUGUUGGCUGAAAUGGCAGAAGAUGACGUCUCAUCCAGAAGGCUGCACCCCCCAUGGGUCCUGAGUGAAUUCCAUGGAUGUAAUGUGAAUUCUUCCACCUAUAUGCUUCGAACUGACAAAUGGAAAUAUAUAGCAUAUUCAGAUGGGCAUUCAGUACCUUCUCAGCUCUUUGAUCUGUCUGCUGAUCCAGAUGAACUAACAAACAUAGCUACAACAUUUCCAGAAGUCACACAUUUCUUGGACAAAAAGCUUCGCUCCAUAGUAAACUAUCCAAGAAUCUCUGCCUCUGUGCACAAGUACAACAAGAAGCAAUUUAUCAACUGGAAACAAAGUUUGGGACAGAAUUAUUCCAACGUUAUAGCUAAUCUCAGAUGGCAUCAGGACUGGUUAAAAGAACCAAGAAAGUAUAAAGAUGCAAUUCACAGGUGGCUCCAAAUGAACACUAAUGAAUAAAGUAACUGCAACAAGGGAUUAUUGACUGCCCUUAUAGUAACAAUUUUUGUUAAAUGAGCGCAAUGAACGCACUCAGGAAAUGAAAAUAUGCAGUUGUAAUUGCAACACUAUAUAGUUCAUAACAUCACAAUUUGUUUGCUAAUUUAAAAUAGCAAUCCAUGAAAAUAAAGCUCGCACAAGCUUUUAUAUCCUUGUUAGCAAGUUAAAUGUUUGUUAUAUAACUGACCAUGAUACCAAACCUAGCUCCCAUCAUGUAAAAUUUAAUAUCUGUGAGGGUUAAUCAACUUUUAAGAAUCAUGGGAAGGAAAUACACAUAUAUAAAAAUUGCUUUCUAUAAAAUACUGUGUAUUAAGAAAAUACCGAAUGUAUUAGCCAAUUAAUAUUUAAGCAAUAAAAUGCAAAGCAGA